CGUUAUUACGUUGGUCCACGUUAGCCGCGUGCCCGAGCGAAGAAACCAGAGAGAGGGAGCCAGGGAAAAAGGAGACUGUGCGUACGCUCUCGGCAAAAAGGGGGUGUUGCCUCUUCAGUAUCGUAGUGAACACGUUCCGUGACGCCUGGUCAGCUCCUUUCCGUCUAUUUCACCACGACAAUUACGUAUCGUUUUCUGGCCCAUCGAGGAACCGCGUCGUUUGCGAUCCGUGUCGACAACGAUCGAUCGAAUUCGAUUGGGAAAAGCGUUGAAAUCUCCGAGUGACCCGUCAGAAUGUCUUCCAGAUUCGAGUGGAUGCUCCUGGCUCUCGGGCUGGUCGUUCUUGCACGGUCAGGUUCGGCUUUAAAAUGCUGGGAUUGUGCAUCCAAUAUGAACGCUUUGUGCGGUGACCCAAUGAAUAUCACGGAACAUCAAUCGACUUUUCAUACGAAAAUAUGUGAAAGUGGCUACUUUGAAACAUCGAAGCCGAUAUGCCGAAAAAUCGUGAAAAGAGAAAAUGGCGAACGAGUGGUAAUACGUCAGUGCUCUACUCCGAACGUCGACGAAGCUGACAUCACCGACGGUUCCUGCAGCGCAAUGGCGAUUUCCGGUCGCAGCAUGAUCGAGUCCUGCCACAUCUGCAGCACCGAUCUCUGCAACUCGGCGACGAGUGCAUCGAUCGUGCAGUCUCUUUACAUCGCCGCUCUGGCCAUCGUCGGUUUCCGUUUCUUCCAACCAAAGUACAACGUUCUUUAAUGUCGCGAGUUCCCGUCGCGCGAAUAAAAAAAAAUCGUGUUCAAAAGGGGCGUGAUUUCGAAAGCAGUAAAGGCAAACUGGUCGUUUAGAAUCGUCGCGGGUCGAAAUCUGUAUCACGGAAGUCUCUUUCGCGCCAGUUUUGCGGUGGUUAUCGGUUAAUAAAGAUUGUUACUCCGGCGACGUUAUGUUAAUAAUCGUUUUACAGGGUCGGGACGAACUCGUUAGUGUUUUAUAGUUAGGUACCUUGUAAGUUGCGUACUAAGUAGAAUCCAUUCGAGGCGCGUUUCCUUAGUUACGCUAACGCGUUAAAAGCUUUACUUAAUUUAAUCCUCCAGACACUUUCGCGAAAAAAUUAUUCGAUACGAGGUGUUUACUUUUGUACCAUAUUAUAUAUGUAUAUAGAUUUGAUACGUGAUGACGUGGUUGUACAAUAAAGGGAAACUGUUAAUUCGGAUUGCCUCGUAGUUACGGUAGCCGUGAUUCUUUGGCGAACGUCACGUCACGAUUCGUUUAAUUCUUGGUCGAUCAAUUGAUACGCGUUUAAUACCGCACGCUGUUGUAGAUAGUAACCCCUUUCCCUCGAUUUCGACGCUCUUUUUUAUCUGACUGAUGGGAUCUCUCGGUACUGUACUGUUUCAUCAACGUGCAAAUUUCGUACAAUUUUUAAUUCGAACGAAAUAAGAAAUGCACAAUAUUUCAUUAAAGUAAUGAAAGAUAAAUUACAAACUGUACCAUCUAGUCUAAGAAUAUUUUUAAAAUAGAGCCACGAACGAAAUUACACAUCACGAAUUAUUGGUGAGGACUAGAAUUCUCAAAAAUUUUUUUUAAAUUUGUUUUAAAAAAAUUAGGGGACUGUACUGAGAUUUCCCUCGUUCUCUCUUUCUCUUUUUUCUACAUUAUCUCUUAUAUUGCGAAAUUACUUUAAAAGGCAAAAAUAAACGGAAAGUAUAGCUUAUCAGAUAUCCGUCCAACGCUUAGGUUAACGUGAAAUUUUCUCUAACGAUGCUUCGCGGCCAGCGAAUGUCUGCGUUUCGUUUCAGUAGCAUUUCGUUAUAAUUGUUUGAAAUUCUAUUGAUCUUUAAUGUAGAUUAGAUUCCUCUCUGCGAACAGUCAAUCGCUUCGUUGCUAUGUUUUUCUCCCUUAGAAUAAAGCACAAUCGUCGCGAUAUGUACUUUGUAAAAUUUAUUAAAUUUAUUGUAUAUCCGAA